GCCAGCUCCGGGAUCGCGCAGAGGGCUGCGACAGGGAACGCAGCAGGAACUCACUAGGGUAUGCGUGUUGGCUCCCAGAGCUGAGCAGCCGCGAUGUGGCACUGGGCUCUGGGACCAGGCUGGAAGCCGCUGCUGGUGCUGGCACUGACCAGCCUGCCAGGGGCGAGGGCUAUUGAGGAAGAACCGAGCACAGAUGGGACCUUCCAGGUGAUUACCUUCAAAUGGCACCACGUCCAGGAUCCAUACAUCAUUGCGCUUUGGAUUCUCGUGGCAAGCUUGGCAAAAAUCGUCUUUCACCUAUCCCACAAGGUCACCAGUAUCGUCCCUGAGAGUGCUCUGCUCAUCGUUCUGGGCCUGGUGCUAGGCGGCAUCGUCUGGGCAGCUGACCAUAUUGCCUCCUUCACACUCACACCUACGCUCUUCUUCUUCUACCUGCUGCCCCCUAUUGUGUUGGAUGCUGGAUACUUCAUGCCCAAUCGACUCUUCUUUGGUAACCUGGGCACCAUUCUGCUAUAUGCUGUCAUUGGCACUAUAUGGAAUGCAGCCACCACAGGAUUGUCCCUCUAUGGUGUCUUCCUCAGUGGCAUAAUGGGUGAGCUGAAGAUUGGACUACUGGAUUUCCUGCUUUUUGGUAGUCUCAUUGCCGCUGUGGACCCAGUGGCUGUGUUGGCUGUGUUCGAGGAAGUCCAUGUCAAUGAAGUUCUUUUCAUCAUUGUUUUUGGAGAGUCACUGCUGAAUGAUGCAGUGACUGUGGUCUUGUACAAUGUUUUUGAGUCUUUUGUGACGCUGGGUGGUGACAAGGUGACUGGCGUGGAUUGUGUGAAAGGCAUAGUGUCCUUCUUCGUGGUGAGCCUAGGGGGGACUCUGGUGGGUGUUAUCUUCGCCUUCCUGCUGUCCUUGGUGACUCGCUUCACCAAGCAUGUGCGUAUCAUCGAGCCUGGCUUCGUCUUUGUAAUUUCCUACCUGUCCUAUCUGACCUCCGAGAUGCUGUCCUUGUCAGCCAUCCUGGCCAUCACCUUUUGCGGCAUCUGCUGUCAGAAGUACGUGAAAGCCAAUAUCUCAGAGCAGUCGGCCACCACUGUGCGCUACACCAUGAAGAUGCUGGCCAGUGGAGCAGAGACCAUUAUCUUCAUGUUCCUGGGCAUCUCAGCUGUGGACCCCCUCAUUUGGACAUGGAACACGGCUUUUGUGUUGCUGACGCUGCUCUUCAUUUCUGUAUACCGAGCCAUUGGUGUUGUUCUGCAGACCUGGAUCCUGAAUCGUUACCGCAUGGUGCAGCUAGAGACCAUUGACCAGGUGGUCAUGUCCUAUGGUGGCCUGCGUGGGGCUGUAGCCUAUGCCUUGGUGGUACUUCUGGAUGAGAAAAAAGUCAAGGAGAAAAAUCUGUUUGUUAGCACCACUCUCAUUGUGGUCUUCUUCACAGUCAUCUUUCAGGGCCUGACCAUCAAGCCCCUGGUGCAGUGGCUGAAGGUGAAGAGGAGUGAGCAGCGUGAGCCAAAGCUCAAUGAGAAGCUCCAUGGCCGGGCUUUCGACCACAUCCUCUCAGCCAUUGAGGACAUCUCAGGACAAAUUGGACACAAUUAUCUCAGAGAUAAGUGGUCCAAUUUUGAUAGGAAGUUCCUCAGCAAAGUCCUCAUGAGAAGAUCGGCUCAAAAAUCUCGAGAUCGGAUUCUGAACGUUUUCCAUGAGCUGAAUUUGAAGGAUGCUAUUAGCUAUGUGGCUGAGGGAGAGCGCCGUGGAUCCCUGGCCUUCAUUCGAUCCCCAAGUACGGACAAUAUGGUCAAUGUGGACUUCAGCACACCCCGCCCAUCUACUGUGGAGGCAUCUGUCUCCUAUCUCUUGAGGGAGAAUGUCAGUACUGUGUGCCUGGAUAUGCAGUCCUUGGAACAGAGGCGGAGAAGCAUCCGUGACACUGAGGACAUGGUCACCCACCACACACUGCAACAGUACUUGUAUAAGCCUCGGCAGGAGUACAAGCAUCUCUAUAGUCGGCAUGAGCUAACACCCAAUGAGGAUGAAAAGCAGGACAAGGAAAUCUUUCACAGGACCAUGAAGAAGCGUCUGGAGUCCUUUAAGUCAGCGAAACUAGGCAUCAACCAGAACAAGAAGGGAGCCAAGCUGUACAAGAGGGAGCGUGCACAGAAGCGGAGGAACAGCAGCAUUCCUAAUGGGAAGCUGCCUAUGGAGAACCUGGCACACAACUUCAUCAUCAAGGAGAAAGAUUUGGAACUUUCAGAGCCUGAGGAGGCCACCAACUAUGAAGAGACCAGUGGGGGCAUCGAGUUUCUGGCCAAUGUCACCAAGGAUGUAACUUCUGACUCUGGAGCAGGAAUUGAUAAUCCUGUGUUCUCCCCUGAUGAGGACCUGGACCCAAGCAUCCUAUCCAGGGUGCCACCUUGGCUGUCUCCUGGGGAGACUGUGGUGCCCUCCCAGAGGGCCCGUGUCCAGAUUCCCAACUCUCCCAGCAACUUCCGCCGUCUGACACCAUUCCGCCUCAGCAACAAAUCAGUGGAUUCCUUCCUGCUGGCCGAUGGCCCUGAGGAACAGCUCCAACCCACUUCCCCUGAGUCCACACACAUGUAACUGGCUUCUUCCUCUAAUGCUGCUUUCUUCCCAGCUAUUGCCUUUAGGCCUCUCUCCUGGACCUGCACUUCUUCAGACUUUUCAGCAGCUUUCUUCACUCUGUAGACCCUGUCUUAGCCAUCUGUCCAGCUGUGUAUUUCUUAGGAGACUGAUGGAGGAUUCCCAUUUGAGUUUGCUUCUCUAGCUAAUGUGUAGUAGCCAGAUACAUUUGAAACCUGCUGUGGUGGUGUAUGCCUGUAACCCCAGCAUUUACAAGGGAUAGGUAGGAGGACUAAGGGUUUGAGGCCAACCUUGGCAACACAGAAGUAUCCUGUGGUCAGGUCUCAUGCUCAUUUUAGAUGAAAAUGAAAUUUUUUUUUUCUGUCUGGUAGACAUUUGUAGAAGCUUUUUAUUAGUCUAGUGGGAAAUGCAAUGAAACACAUGCCUUCACAACUGGAGAUUCUGGCCCGCACUGCUGGUCAGGCCUAAUAGCACUUUACAUGGGUAUACACAUAAACAGUGGCUCUUUCCUAAGAAAACCCAGUUUUGAAAGGAUGUAGCAGGGUCAGGAAACUUGCACGGCCCCAGUGCUCUUCCACCUGCUCCUUGUUUCUGUCUCUGAGCACUAUCCCCCACC